GGCUGACCGACGCGAUCGCAAUCUGCAAGGCAGAACUACGUUUUUGAGUUUGGUUUGGCUCAGAAUCGCUUAGAGGGAGGACUCGAUGCGUUCUGAUUGAUAGUUUAUAAACUUUUAAUUAAAUCAUCUCCGUUUCUUUUGUUUCGUUUCCUUGGCCUAGAAUUAUGUUUUCUCAACCGCUAUUUGGUUUUAUUAUAAUAUUAAUUACGUCUCGUGUUUCUUCUGAGUUGAGUGCAGGAUGUGCAUUGGAACAGGAUCAAAACAAUAAGGAUGUCUACCGAUAUGUGGAUAAAAUUGUUAGAGAGAGAUUAGCUGAUGAAGUUGUUACUGGCAUAAUAGGGAUCCACACUCGGGUUGUAUCAGACUCAGACAAGACAUCACUUAAGAAAACUAAGACAAUUGUUGCCUUCUGGACAGAAAAUCUGACGACACAUCGUCAUCAGAAAUGCAUCUUUCGAUAUUUAAAUGAGCCAUCUAUUAAAGAACCAAUUCCACAGAACCUCGCUUGUGUAAAAGCAAGAAUAGAGAAGCAAUUUGUCAAGGACAUUGAUUCAUCAGAGAGCGAAUUGUUGGAACAACUUUCGGAAAUUGUGACUACCACUUUUGACGAUCUUGACCCUGACAUUUGGAAAAAAAUGGUUGUCGAUGUCAAAAAGGCAAAAAAGCAGAUUUCAAAUGGAAUUUUAUAUUAUUUGACAUUGGAAAUCAAAAGCACAAGUUGUUUAGAGACAGAAAUAGUUACCCCGGAUCAAAGCUGCUUAAACAAAGAGACUCAACCUCGUAAAAUAUGUGAAGUAACAGUUCACAGGUCAUUUACGAACAAUUCACCUAUGGACAAAUCUGAGUCUUAUCUCAAGUUGGCACCGAGGAAGCAAUUCCAGGUUGUGUACUCUAAGUGCUCAUCUGUUGAUGAUGUGUUGUAUGACAGAUCAGCUUCAAUAACUGCCAACGAUAAGUACAUCAAGGAAGUUGCAGAUUUUGCUAUGAAACAUAUUAAUGUUAACAGUAAUUCAAUUUACAUUAAGGGAAUUUUGAAUAUCAGAAAUUCCAACAUUCAGCUUGAUUCAGGAAUGAAAAUCAAUUUGACUCUUGAAGUUGUUGAUACAGAUUGCACGAAGAAUAGUUUGAACAACACCAAUUGCAAAUUUCUUCAUAAACACAAUGAUCUUUCAGUUUGUGAUGUGUCUGUGCUGGACAGAAAUAAUCAAAAGACAGUUCUUUCUCAACAUUGUUCUUCGAGAGUUAAAAGAUCUUCAUUACGUGGAGGAGAGCUGGAAAUUGAUGUGAAUGACAACAAAAUCCAGGGUCUCAAAGGGUACAUUUCAAAUGAGUUAACUCAACGAGCAAAUUCUCUGUACACAAAAACUGUUGUUAAGGUGUUCAAAGCAACAACCCAAAUCGUUUCUGGAAGUCUGACUAAAGCGACUGUUGAAGUGGCUGAUACAAACUGUUUAAAAAGUGAAAAUAAAUCACCCUCCGAAUGUGUAACAAGUGAACAAGGCCGGCAAUUAUGUGAAAUUGCUAUUUGGGAACAGCCUUGGCUCAAUAAAAAGGAAAUAACACAGAGCGAGUGUCAUUCAAUUCAAGGGAGUGAAUCCCCACAAAGGGUAAAAUUGUUAGCUCGUAUGUUUGGUGUUGAUAAAGAUAACUCAGAUCUCACUGGCUUCCUUGAAUUUGUAAGAAAGGAGGAAAAACAAUAUAAAACUGACAAAGAGUUUAAACAAAGAUUCAGAAUAUUUAGAGCCAAUAUGAAGAAAAUAUCAGCUUUGCAAUUUUAUGAACAGGGCACUGCAGUUUAUGGGGUGACCAAGUUUGCCGAUCUCUCGGCUGAAGAAUUUAAGAGGAAUUUCCUCGGCUUUAACCACAACCCAAAUUAUGUACCAAAAAAGCCUCGGAAAAUGGCUGUUAUUCCAAACAUUACAUUACCAAAUUCAUUUGAUUGGAGGGAUCACAAUGUGGUCACACCAGUAAAAAAUCAGGGGUUUUGUGGUUCAUGCUGGGCUUUUUCAGUAACCGGUAAUGUAGAGGGUCUCUAUGCUAUUAAAACAGGCCAGCUGUUAUCAUUUUCUGAACAAGAACUUGUCGACUGUGACAAAUACGAUGCCGGUUGCCAAGGUGGAUUUUUUGACACUGCGUAUCAUGCCAUUGAAGAUCUCGGUGGUCUUGAAACCGAGAGUGACUAUCCAUAUCUCGGAGAGAAAGAGACAUGUGCAUUUAAAAGGGCAGAAACGAGAGUCUCCAUCAGUGGGGGCCUGAAUAUAUCACACAAUGAAAACGAUAUGGCCAAAUUCCUUGUAGUCAAUGGACCAAUAUCUAUCGCUUUAAAUGCCAAUGCAAUGCAGUUUUAUUGGGGAGGAGUUUCGCACCCACCAAAGUUUUUGUGCAAUCCUAACAAUCUAGACCAUGGAGUUCUAAUCGUUGGGUAUGGGGUACAUAAUUAUCCUACCUUCAAGAAAAAGCUCCCUUUCUGGCUGAUCAAGAACAGCUGGGGAGAAAAGUGGGGAAUACAAGGUUACUACAUGGUCUACAGAGGUGAUGGGACCUGUGGAGUUAAUCAAUCGCCAUCUACGGCAAUUUUGUCAUAAAAAAAUCGCAACAAAAUAAAAUUGUUUAUCAAUUAUCACAACACAAUAUAUAUAGAUAUAUAUAUUUAUAUAAUUCGUGCCAGUGUUUUAUUUUAUUUUAUUAAAUUCACUUUAUUGAGACAAUUUAAAUAUAUUUUUUUAAAAAUAUUUUAACAAGUAUAGAAUUAGAAUGUAACCAAUUGUAAUUGAUCAAUUAUAGAUAAUAAAUCUA